AUGAUGACCCAUGAGCAUCCGGAUAUUGAGAGAGGAGCUUCGAACUCCAAAGUCCCUCUCGCAAUGGCCAUAGACCAAUACAACAUCGAAGUGAUGGAAGUCCUCUUGAGCCCUAAUAGCGAGAUAUGGGUCAGUAUCGGCAACGUUUCCGCAGCAGUAAGAAGCGGGUCGUCGACCAUGUUAGGCCUGCUUCUUAACAAACUUGGUGACGAUAUCAUGAUCACAGAGGACAUCGUCGAAGCCGCAGCGGGGAGUCAUAAUGCAUCAGCUCUCAUAACUCUUCUUCUUGAAAAACGCGGCCACGAGUUUAAGAUCACAAAACAAAAAUUAAGAAUUGCGUUGGCCAACGAGUCUUUGAGCGAAGAGGUUAAUGCCUUACUUGAGGAUCGGCAUCGCCGCGACAUGAAUGUUGUUGAAGGCAGCGUUGCGCUUGCAUAG